AUGACCUCUUCUCUUAAUGAGUUAAACUUGGUUCAAGUGCUUGAACAGGCAAGUAAUCCACAACAUAUUAGGUCUGAAGUUCAAAAAUUAGCCGAACAACAACUAAAGCAAUGGGAAACUCAGGCCGGAUUCCAUUUCUUAUUGCAGUCGAUAUAUCUCAAUUUGUCAAAUUCAUUGCAAAUUAGAUGGUUGGCGGUAAUUCAGUUUAAAAACGGUGUGGAUAAGUAUUGGAGGUCCUCUAGAGUUAACGCUAUACCUAAAGACGAAAAGGCUUCCAUUAGAGGUCGUCUUUUUGAAAUGAUCGAUGAACAAAACAAUCAACUUUGUAUACAAAAUGCACAAGCUGCAGCAAGGAUUGCAAGACUAGAUUUCCCGGUAGAAUGGCCAAAUUUAUUUGAGGACUUGGAAAACCUAUUAAACGAUGAGACCAUAAGAAAAGACUCGAUUAAAAUUUAUAACAUAUUGAUGCAUGUGAAUCAAAUCAUUAAAGUACUAGGUACGGCGAGAAUAGGAAGAUGUCGACCUGCUAUGCAAAGUAAAGUUCCUUUGAUAUUCCCAUUAAUUGUUAGGAUAUACUUACAAUUCUUUGAAAAUUGGACAACUUCCUCCAACCUCAACUAUGAAAAUCUGUCCAGUUUGCAGGUUUCUUAUUUAUCACUAAAAGUUUUAAGAAGAAUAAUUUGUGAAGGGUAUGAACGUCCUCAAACUGAUCAAUCCGUUUGCGAUUUUAUUAAGCUAUCUGUUUCACACUUUGAGAUGCUGAUUUCAAACCAUGAAAACUUUAGGAAAUUUGACAUUUACGAAAAAUUUAUCAAAUGCUUAGGUAAAUUAUACUUUAAUUUAGUAACUGGAUCUCCGGCUAAUUUCAUAUUACUCCCAUGUUCUACUCAAAUUCUAAUUACCUACACUAGGUUGAUUUUUAACAAAGCUCCUAUAGUAUAUAAAGAGAAUUCUGACGUUACUGGGGACUUUUGGGAACAAAAUGCUAUCAGAGGACUUUUAAUUCUUAAGAGAGUCAUUAAUUUCAUUCACAAAAAAGGUGCCAUUACUUUAAAAGCAAGAAGCGAUAAGCUAACGAUAGAUGCUUCUAUCAACAAAAUAAAUACAGAGUUUUUGAAUGAAAAUUUAAUCACAAGGUUGGUCGAUAAUUUAAUGGAAUGGUACUUGAGGUUAAGACCAACUGAACUAGAAAAUUGGUUUAUGGACCCAGAAGAAUGGAUAAACGAACAAAUGGCUACGAGUUACGAAUACCAAAUCAGACCCUGUGCAGAAAAUUUUUUUCAAGACUUGAUAAACACUUUCUCUGAACUGUUAGUUCCAUACUUAUUGAAGAAAAUUGAAAGUGAUGCCUCAGAACUGUCAAACUCAUUGGACGAUUUUUUGAGAAAAGACGCAAUUUACGCAAGUUUCCAAUUAAGUGCAUCUGCUGUUAGUGAAAUGGUAGAUUUUGACAGAUUGCUAAUUCAGGUUUUUUUACCAGAAGCAACGAAUACGAACAUAUCGGGUGAUGAGUUGAAGAUUAUUCGAAGGAGAGUUGCUUUGAUUAUAAACGAAUGGUCUAUCGUUAAAUGUUCCGAGGAGUCUAAAAGUUCAUGUUACAAAUUAUUCACGAAUUUCUUAACUAACGAAGAUGACAAAGUUGUUUUGUUAACUACUGUCCAAACAAUCAGAACUAUGAUUGAUGAUUGGAAUUUCAACAAGGAUACAUUUCAGCCAUUUUUGACUGAGAAUGUUCAUUUAUUAUUGAGAAAAAUCCUACCAUCCGUUUCGUUAACUGAGACUAGAUUGUAUGUUCUAAAUACAUUAAGUGACAUAAUAAUCCAAACAAAACCAUUGAUUAGCAGAGAUCUAUUAGUCGAAAUUUUACAAAUCAUACCAAAUCUUUGGGAAAUAGCAACAAAUAAUGCUGCCGAAGCUAUUUUGGCAAAUGCAUUAUUGAGGUUAUUGAGACACUUGGUAUCAUCUUUAGGUCCACAGUCGCACUUAACAUGGGAUAUCGCCAUACCCGUGGUUGCAUUAGCAUGCGAUCCCUCUUCUAUGCAAUAUCAAUUAUUAAGCGAAGACGGGUAUGAACUAUGGGGUAUGCUUCUUCAAAAUUUUUCGUCACAAGAACAAGAAUUUGAUGAUAAGUUAGUUGAGUUGGUACCGUUUCUUAAGUAUGGUAUCGAGACACACACAGAGAUUCUACCAACUUUACUUGAAAUUAUCAAGAGUUAUACAUUGAUUUUGAAUCCUGUGGGAUUUUUCGCUAACAACACAUUUCAAGAUAUUUUUAAACAAAUGUCCAAAUAUCUCUUGAAGUUGAGGGAGGAUUCGUUUCAAUUGAUUCUAGAAAUUUGGGAAAUUUUAAUAUUAUCAAAUGAGUCGGACUACGAAAAUCUUCUGUUGCAGAAUUUCUAUGAAACUGGUGUAUUAUCAGCUUUAUUCGAUGCGAUUUUUUUAGAGGAAGCUCCUUCAUCUUAUUUAUGCUCUCAAAUCAUUCAGGUUAUCGCUCGGAUCGCAUACGUAAAUCCCGACGCCUUAAUGAAUUUCUUAGCUGCUUAUCAUGAAAACCUGCCAAAUUUUCAUGAAAAUAUGCACAUGUCGGAAUCGAUAAGAAAAGUAGUAUCCAAGGACCAGCCGUUCGAUUUCGUUGUAAACAAGCUUCUAACUGGAUGGAUAGUAUGUUUUAAAGAUAUCUUUGAUCCUAAAUUUAAGAAAGUUCAUAUAUUGGGGAUCUCAAGUUUAUUAAGGACUGGCUUAGUCCCUAUUUUGACUGAGUUCUCAUCCAUUGCAUCUUUGUGGAUCGAAAUGCUGGAAGAAAUCAACGAAAGUAAUAAUGGAGAUUGCGAAAAGUACCAUUUAAAUGAUAUUGUCACAGAACAGUCAAUUGCCUUCCAUCCUUUAACCUCCGAACAAUUGAGAUAUCAUGAAUUAUGCAAAACCAAUGAUCCGGUGCACAACAUCAGUUUAAAAAAUUUUAUAUCUCAAACUAUGGAAUAUCUUGAAUCACAUCUAGGAGUAGAAAGAUACCAAGAAUUUCUGAAAACUAUUAACCCUAAUUUAUUAGAGAAUCUGCAAAUGUUUUUGUCCAUCCAGCCACAAGAGCGUCAUUCAUAA